AUGAGCGACUACGAGAGAAUCCGACUGGUGAUCCUCGGCGGCGCCGGAGUCGGCAAGAGCUGCAUCGUGAAGCGCUUCCUGUUCAACACGUUCGCGGACAAGUACCGGCCCACGGUGGAGGACCUGUACAACCGCGAGUACGACCUGGGCCGCGUGGCCUUGAAGGCCGACAUCCUGGACACGGCGGGCGACAUGCAGUUCCCGGCCAUGCGGCGCCUCAGCAUCGCCACGGCGCACGCCUUCCUGCUGGUGUACGCGACCACGUCGGCGGCGUCCUUCGCCGGCGUGAAGCGCUGCUUCGAGGAGGUGCGCGAGCAGCGGGCCGACUUCCAGGAGAUCCCCAUCGUGGUGGCGGGCAACAAGCUGGACCUGGCCUCCUGCCACCGCGAGGUGUGCAUCGAGGACGUGUCCGAGUGGGUGUACUGCGAGCUGCCCCGGCUCAGGGUGAAGGUGAUCGAGUGCUCGGCCAAGGACGACAUCAACAUCAAGGAGAUCUUCCGCUCGUUCGUGACGCUGUCGCGCAUCCUGGUGGCGGCGGGCGGAGACGACUGCGCAACGGGGCUGAAGCGGCGCUCCAGCGCCUACGUGAGCGCCAGCAGCAAGGGCCAGCGGCGCUGCAGCCCGGCGCGCGUCGAGUCGUCCGGCUCGGGGGCGGGGGGCGGCGGCGGCGGGGCCGAGGGCGGUUGCGGGUCGGGCCUCGAGGUGGGCCGCCCCAAGCCGCGCAGCCGCAGCCUCAUCCGCCGCUCCAGCAGGAAGGCCAAGCAGCAGAUGAGGGACGCGCAGGCGGACGAGUGUCACGUGUCGUAGAGCAGUUCCCCUCCCCUCCCACUCCCUCCCUCACCCCCUCCCACCCUUGCCGGGGGUGGCAUCCCCAACUAUUUUACCGUUUUUCCAUUGCACAACCAUAUUUAUUUGUUUACUAAUCAUGUAGCCUACUUAUUUCAUGCUUUUACGAACUUACAAGACAAAGUUUUUAUGUCAGCGUGAAAUAUGUGGUAUACAGCUUUGGACCAACCGUCCGUAGCCUGCGUCUUAAAAAACUAUUUUUUUUUUUUGUGCAUCAUUCAGAAAUCAAUAAAAUUUGGGUUUUCCCAAAACCCUGAAGGAAAAAAAAUACCUCAGGUUCCUUAUGGUUCUUAAAAACCCUAAUUUUUAUUGAUAUAUGAAUGAUAUGCUAAAGAUAAAUACAUAGGUACAAGACAAAGGUUGGAUACAAACUGUUUAUCCGAAACUGUAUACCACAUGAUUUCAUGUUUUUCAUUACAUGCUUGGACUGACAUAACAAUUUUCCAUUAAGUUCAUAAAUACCAUUAAGUAAGGACUUUUUUAGAAGAAAAAAAAAUUUCAUAACAACUAAAUGUGUUUAUAUUAUGAACUUCCUUAAAAUCAUAAACAAAAAAAAAUGACACAAGCUAAAUAAUUUAUGACAUUAUGCCCUUAACAAUCCUGCCCACACUAAUCAGCCAAAACUUCUGGAAUUGAGUUUUGGCUGUCUUCUAGGUAUUUGGUUUAUUCUUUGUUUCAUAAUUUCUGAUUUGGUAUGCUUCCCAUCUGAAUGUGUUCAGAUCUCACUCGUUUUGCAAACUCAAACAACACGUAUCUUUGAUUGACACUGAACCUUUUUUUGGUGCAUGUAUUACUAGAUAAAACCUCAUUAUUUUCAUAACAUUAUUACAACAAAAUUAACCCUAUUUCACUACCAACCGUCAAUUUAAUUGUACAUAAUUUAUUUUGAUGCAUGCUUCAGAAUUAUGACUUUAAAAUAAGACAGUUAAAUACAGCAUUUUAUUAACAAAUAAAAAAUUAACAUGAUGAAUUCAUAAAUUUUUAAUUUUGUUACAUAUUUUUAGAUGCUGGAAAAAAAAAUCAAAAAGUGGAAAACAGCUUUUGAAAAACAUCUCAGAUGAUAACUGUACACAUUUACACACAGCCAGCUGCUGGCAAAGUAGGGAAAAUAUUUCCAAUGUCUUGGAUCUCAUUUAAAAUCUGUACCAGUGUUGUUUCAAUUGGUGGCCCCUGAAAUCAUUUUCAACUUUUUUUUUUGUACAGCCUGUUCAACUUUGUAUCAUUUUCUAGCGAUUUAUACAUGCCUAAUAGUGGACAGACUAAGGCAAUGCCAAUUUUUCCGUAAAGUGUAGCCAAAGAAUGUAUUCACAGUAGGUGUGAAGAUUAUGCUUAGUAGAGAUUUCACUUGUGUUCAUUUAACCACAAACCAAGAGAA